CGGCGGCGGUGAUGCAGAGGAGGAGGGCGCUGCCGGCGGCGGUGCUCAUGGUGGCGGUCGGCGCCCGGGUGUAAUGCGAGCGUCAUGGUGGAGAUGCUGGCUUCGCGGCGGUGAGAGAGCACAGGAGGGCGAGAGCCAGCCAAGGGCGGAAGACAAACCAGUUCCGAUGCUUUCUUUCCUCUGUCGCUUUCCCCCACUCUAUUUUACCCGUGGUUUGCAUAUUUAAAAUCUCUGGACUCAAUCCUCUCCCUACCACCGAAGUCUCCCCGUUUCUAAAUGGAAUUAGUGGAGAUCGGAGCCUCUGGUGUAACGCACAGACAUGAUCUAUGGACGCAGUUUGUUUCACAUUAUAGCAAGUUUAAUCAUCCUCCAUUCUUCUGGAGCAACCAAGAAAGGAACAGAAAAACUAAUCACCCCAGAAACACAGAAGUCAGUGCAGUGUGGAACGUGGACAAAGCAUGCAGAGGGAGGCAUCUUUACCUCUCCCAAUUAUCCCAGCAAAUAUCCCCCAGACCGAGAGUGUGUCUACAUCAUAGAAGCUGCCCCAAGGCAGUGCAUUGAACUUUACUUUGAUGAAAAAUACUCAAUCGAACCAUCUUGGGAGUGCAAAUUUGAUCAUAUUGAAGUUCGAGAUGGACCCUUUGGCUUUUCUCCAAUAAUUGGAAGGUUCUGUGGUCAACAGAACCCACCUGUAAUAAAAUCUAGUGGAAGAUUUCUGUGGAUUAAAUUUUUUGCUGAUGGCGAGCUGGAGUCUAUGGGAUUUUCAGCUCGAUAUAAUUUCACACCUGAUCCCGACUUUAAGGACCUUGGAGUUUUGAAACCAUUGCCAGCGUGUGAGUUUGAGAUGGGCGGCCCGGAAGGAAUUGUGGAGUCCAUACAGAUUCUGAAGGAAGGCAAAGCUUCUGCCAGUGAAGCCGUGGAUUGCAAAUGGUACAUCCGAGCCCCACCACGAUCCAAGAUUUACUUACGUUUCUUGGACUAUGAGAUGCAGAAUUCAAAUGAGUGCAAAAGAAACUUUGUGGCGGUCUAUGACGGAAGCAGCUCCGUGGAGGAUUUGAAGGCCAAGUUCUGCAGCACAGUGGCUAAUGACGUCAUGCUGCGCACAGGCCUUGGGGUGAUCCGCAUGUGGGCAGAUGAGGGCAGCCGGAACAGCAGGUUUCAGAUGCUCUUCACCUCCUUUCAAGAACCUCCCUGUGAAGGCAACACAUUCUUCUGCCACAGUAACAUGUGUAUUAACAACACGCUAGUCUGCAAUGGGCUCCAGAACUGUGUAUAUCCCUGGGAUGAAAAUCACUGUAAAGAAAAGAGGAAAACAAGCUUGCUGGACCAGCUGACCAACACCAGUGGGACGGUCAUUGGCGUGACUUCCUGCAUUGUGAUCAUCCUUAUUAUCGUUUCUGUCAUUGUACAGAUCAAACAGCCUCGUAAAAAAUACGUCCAAAGGAAGUCAGACUUUGACCAGACCGUUUUCCAGGAGGUGUUUGAGCCUCCCCACUAUGAGUUAUGUACGCUCAGAGGAACUGGAGCAACAGCUGACUUUGCAGACGUGGCGGAAGACUUUGAAAAUUACCAUAAACUGAGGAGAUCAUCUUCCAAAUGCAUCCAUGACCAUCACUGUGGAUCCCAACUGUCCAGCGCGAAAGGCAGUCGCAGUAACCUCAGCACAAGGGACGCUUCCAUUUUGGCAGAGAUACCCACACAGCCAGUCAAGCCCCUCAUCCCACCCGUGAACAGAAGGAACAUCCUGGUCAUGAAACACAACUACUCACAAGAUGCCGCCGAUGCCUGUGACAUCGACGAGAUUGAGGAGGUGCCCACCACGAGCCACAGGCUGUCCAGACACGAAAAAUCUGUCCAGCGGUUCUGCCUCAUUGGGUCCCUAAGCAAACAUGAAUCUGAAUACAACACAACUAGGGUCUAAAACGAAAAUUCAAGCUAAUCUCUCAAAACUCCUCAAGCUUACCAACAGUUCUUGAACUAGAAGAAUGCAUUCCAUGCUCAGUAUGACCUUAAUAAGUUGGUGUGUUUGUCGCAUUUUUUUUUCCCAUUGGGAGAAAAUGUUUUAACUGUGCUUUAUUUUCAGAGAAGAACUAUUUAUACAAACAUGGGGACUGUGAAAAGAAAAUUCCGUAGUGAAUUGUGAAAAGUGGACAUAUUUCUAAAUUCAUUCCACUGCCUUUAUCCAAACUUAAGAGUUACAGACAUGUGUUAUUCCUUCGGCAAGACUCCCUGCUGCUGCACAAUGAUGUGUCCAUUUCCUAAUUUGGUUGCUGAUCACCAAGUGCUCCUUAGGUUUUAAAUACAUUCUGAGAUUUACGGAAACUUGAAGAAGAAAUUAGUUCCUGAUUGAGACUACCCCAGCUUUAUGUUUACUGUCAUUUUCAUAUUAUUUAUAUGUUGUUUGCGUGUCUUUGUUAUAUGAUUGUACUUAUGUGAUCUGUGGGAAAAGAAAAAAAACACAACUUUGGGUGAACUUUGUGUUACAUGUCCAUUGUUUUCAUUAUAUAGACUGCUUGAAAAUAGUGCAUUCCUGCGUGGUUUUGAGCAAGCUUCAGUGAAAAAUGCUAAAGUGGAUCAUGAAAACACCAUCUAGAGGUUCAAUGGACUGUGCACACCUGUUGUUUUGUUAUAAUUAAAUUGAGUAAAACAUAAUGAGUAAAAUCUAGAUUGCAAUAAGACAAAUCUCUCUCUCCCCUUCUGUCUUUCUCUUCGUCUCCGCCCUUAUUGUUUCUAUGUAUCCCUGCCUUCCUUUUUGUUUUUACCAAGGGAAGAUACCGAGUUUCACAAAUGGCUUUUUGAAAUCAGGUAUUUUACCAUUCAAACUCUACAACAGAAUUUCGUUUGAUUAAGCACUUAGCAAUAUGACUGAACUGACAGUUUGAGAAAAUACCCUGCAUGUCAGUACUGGAUAUUUAGGUUGGAAAAAAAUGCCCUCUUUAUUAGACACAUUGUAAAAAGCAUGCAUUCUCAAAUACUGCUGUUACUGUUCCAUUUCUUUGUGUCAUAUGCUUGCUACUUGUAACUUUUAUAUAAAUAUAUAUAAAAUGUAUAAUAAUUUCCUAAUUUGAGUUAAGAGAAUUGUUUCUUCUACUGUGAUAAAAAGCAGAGUUACAUAAGUACAUCAUUUGUUACUUUCAACACUCUCCACUCUCUAGGUUACAGGAUGCCAUUUGAUACUGAGGCUUACUUCCCUACAUAUUUGAUUAUUAACAUCUUACAAGUAUCUUCUUUUAUAUUAAAAGUCUAAGUCAACCCUUAAAAGUCAUAGACCAUUUUAUGACGGAACUAUACCAUUCUGAGUUACUUCUUACCCAUACACACCUAUACCUGAACGCUUAAUGGUUGCAAUAAGUUUCAUACAGAGAAUCUAAAACCCUUAUAGCACACAGAAGUUCUGUUGAAUUAUAUGCAUCCUCAUAAACACUGAAUGGAUACCUUUUAAAUAAAAAAUUAUAUUCUUAGACAAUUAAAUUUAAAAUUACAAUUACAGUAAACCCGCUUAGUACUUUCAAAAUGCCAAAUUCUCAAUAAUAAAACCAGGGCCUUCAAAAGGCAAAGAAAUCUGGUCUAACACAACAUCUGGAGCAGCAUUUACAAUCUAAAGGGUAUUCCUUGUCAUAUGGUCCUAAUAGGAGGCCAAUCCAGUAUAUAUUACAAUAUAAAUAAAAGAAAACAUCAACAACAAGUAAACGGAGAUAAAGUAAAUUAUAAUAGAAAAAACUAACUAAAGAAAUACAGCUAUUUUCGAAUAUUGGAAACAUCAUCAACUUACCUUGUGGAGUACUUGCAGCACACGGACAGGAGUACUUGGUGGCUGACCUGUAAUUGCAGCUAUAUGAAGACAGAGUAGGGCAAACCAUUUAACUAAACUAGCUGAAAGUGAGAAGCCUGAACUCAGCAAGAGCUCCUCCCUUAGCAAACAGUGAAAACUAAGUGAAGAUGAUGCUCAGUGUGGACUUCUGGCCUACACACACACACACACACACACACACACACACACACACACACACACACACACACGUAUGCACACAAACACCACACAUAUGCUCAUAAAAAGAAAAUAGCAUACAAAGGAUCAUUCUUUGAAUUAAUUUAUCAAAUUGUCCCAGAAGAAAAUGUACUGACAUAAUGAAUAUUAUCUUUCUUUAGCAUGAUACUUUAUACAUAUCUUGAUAAAAAUUCACCUUUACCCAUUUUGCUAGCCAAAUUAUUUGUUGUCACAUGUAAUGUUGUGCACAUUAAUUAAUAGUUGACACUCCAGAUUAUUAUUUAAAUUAGUUCUACUAUUUUGGUUUAUGUCAUCUCUUUAGGGGUCCUCAUUGGACAUUAUUAACCUUGAAUGAAGAAUCUCAAAGAUAUAUGACAUAUGUGUCCCUGUGUGUUUCAUUAUACAAUAAUGAAGACAACUAAAUUGAGUAGAUACAUCUCCUUGCACCUGUCAUGUAGAUUUACAGGCUUUUUCCAAAUUUUUAUAGAUCUAUAAAAUCCUACAGAUCUGCUUAUUCAAAGCUUAGAGGUAUUUAUGCCUCAAACCCACUAAAUGGAUACCUUCUUUUUUUUACAUCAAACUGAAUUAAGUAUAAAUUUAAGGAUGGAUGACUUACAUGUAUUUGAUUAUGAUUAUUCCAUGGGAAAAAUAAUCCCUUUUAGAAGAUGUGCAUCCUUAUGGAUGAUGAUCAGUCAGCUUACAGAUAUUGACUUGUCAAGAGAGGAGAUUCUAGGAUCACUGUCCAGAGUCCUUGAGGCCUGUGAUUGUCCCCAUUAGAGAUGCUAUCUUGUAAUAGAGAUGUGAGAGUCCAGAAAAGGUUUCAGGUAUAUUUUGGAGCUCCCUACAGGUGCCUUCAUAAAGUCCAAUACUGAGAUUUCUGACAUUAAAAAUAAAUAAUAACUACAUCAGACUUUUUUGCUUUAAUAACAACCUUUGGACAGUCUUAAAAAAUGCAUAACACUUAUUGUAGAAAGAAGUCUUCAAAACCAUCAAACAAGUUUAUCAAUUAAUAUUUUAUUCACAAAGUGAAUUCAAAUAAACUAGCAUAAGAGUUAUAUUGAUUCAAUGAGCUCCCUUUAAAUACAUCACCAUGUAAAUUUGUUGAUUCAGUCUUUAUAAUUUUGGUGGUAUCCCAUGUUACUUGAAAUACCCAUGUCAGCCUGAGUUAAGCUUUGUAAUUCUGUCCAAGGGCAGUGCAGUUACUCAACACAAGGUUAAUGUUUUGAUGUCUAAUUCUGAUUUUUUUCUAUACUUGUUUUUAUAAACAUACAUAUUUUAUGCAUCAUUUCACAAAAUAGACCAGAUAUUUGAUUUGUCACAACUUAAUUUAGUCAUAUAAUUAAAAUGUGCAGUAAGCAUAACUGGAGAUCAAUGUCACCAAGUCUUUAGAGGAGAAUCAGCCCUGUCCUAGAGAUGCUGAUUCUUUUACCUAAUUUUUGUUCUAUUACAAAUAUUUAAGAGCAUUGAAUAGAUUAACAAUUCUGCCUCCCAACAUUGUAAGUUUGUUCUGCAUUAUGUCAAUAUUCUCUUAAGCUUUGCAUUAGCUUCUUAUGUGUUCCCCAAAGAAAGUCAAGAUUUUCUUACAAUACAAGUUUUGCUUAUUUUAUUUUUAGAUCAAGAAUGGAUUUCCUUCAACUAAAUGUAUUGAAAUAAGUUGGAUAAUAUUGUUCUGAGUCUCAUCACCUUUGAGUAACAACAACAAACAGCAUCAUUUUUUGAUAGUCAAAUAAAUGAUACUAUCCAGUUUGAAUGAUAGUAAUUUUCAAUUCUGUAGGGAAGUGAAAUAAAUAAGUGAUUUAAAAUUCAUCUGAAUCCUAAAUCGAUAUAAUAGAGACAGUGAGGUUUUUCAUCUAAUGAGCACAAGGGUUAGUUGCUAUGCAUUCAUUCCUCCAUUAAACAAUAUUUAUUACUGCUUGAUGAGAAAGAUGAAGACAAAAUAUCAUCAAGUAGGUAAAAGAAUAUGAUAAAUGGAACUUGAGUUAAUUAGUUGUUCCUUAUUUCUUUAGAUAACAUUCCUUAUAUUUCCUUUAAAAAGAUUGGAGAGAGAAAUAACAUAGAAAUUUUUUUCUUAAAAAAACAAACAAACCAAAAACGUGUUUUUUAAUCACCUAUACAACUCAAUAAUUCCAAAGCAACUUUUAAUUUAGAAUUGUAACUAUUCAUCUUGUAAUGAAUUUAGAUUGUUCUAAAAUUUAACUAAAUGAUAUUAUUUGAGUAAACCCAACAGAGAAAUAAAGGGAAGAAAUAAAUAAGUAACAUCAGGAACACAACUUAGUACUUACCCUGGGGCACCAAACUAUGUGCUUUCUGUUGUUUUCCUAAAGAGGGACAUGCUUUUCUCUAACAUCCCUUCAUUUCCUUAUGUCAGGAAACAAAUGCAAAAGCAAGCUUCAUCAAGCUUCUGUCAUUUGCUUGGAGCAUUUAAAGAAGUUCCUCGUUCAUGUGGCCCAGCAUGAGCGUACCGUUGUUGCUUUUCUCUUUGGGAAUCAGGACAGUUGUGCAGCCAGCUCAUCCUUUGUCCCGAUCAUCUUUCUCUCUUCAAUUGCUGAGCCAUGCUAUUUUCCAGCCAUUCAUUGAAAAAUUGUUUGGGGGUGUCUCUUGUUACUCACCAAUACUCAAACAAAACUUACAGCUUACCAGGACAUAUGAUGUGUAAGUUAUUUAAAAUAAAAUUAUUCCUUUUGUAUCACAUUAUUAAAUUUGUAUUCUUUAUUCACUUUCCCUAGAGUUAAACUUAUAUAAAUAUUGCUAGAUUUUUGUGGGGGAAAAGGGGGUGUCUGUGCAAUCUGUAUACCGAAUUCUCUUCUUCAGCACAUUUGGAAAAAAGGAUAAUGGUGGAGACUGGUGGAGGAACGGUGCUUAGAAUUAUAGAAGGAAGACACUUCCACUCACAAUAUUUCUUACCAUGUUACCCAUCUCAAAACACUAAUUAGAUUUUCCUGGGUCCCUCUCAUCUGUUGAACACAAAAUAUAAUUGACUAUUGAGCAAAUAAAAUAGACAUGAUAUGGUAUACUCAAGAUGUGAGAAGUUGUAAUAUGACAAUAGCAUUUUCUUAUGAGCAUCACAUGAGCCCUAUAAAGUGUAGGCUUCCUGAGAAGACAGUGAAAGAGACCAUUGCCAACAUAUGCAGGGAAACAUUUGUGUUUAGAGUAAUUAGGUCAUACAUAGGCUUGAGGACGAUUACUUGAUUUGGAUGACAAGUAAUGAAGGGUUAGAGAAAAUAUGGUUCCAACAGUAGACAGAGUUGGUUGUGUGUUUCUGAGCAUACUAGGUGUUUAGCCCAGAGUUUGCGUUUUGUUCAAAGAUGAACUUUGUGUAUUUUGGGAUGGUGUGAAUGGAGACUUCUCUGAAGCCAGUAUGCUUACUAAGUACAGAAUAACACAUACUGAAUUCAGUUAAUAUGAUGGAUAAUAAGACAUUAAAGGUAACAGACGGUUGGAGGGGCAGGACUAUGUCUUGCCAUCCUGUUUAUUUUCUACAAUAUGUUAAUUCCAUGGUUAUGGUUAACUCGGAAACAUACUGAGUGUCACAUGACAAAGUCCAUUCUCAGAGAUUCACAUUAAAUCUUUACGUUAAACCAAAAAAAGAGUGUGAUUCUUUGAAUGAAACCACUAUAAACAAUGUAUAGUAUUAGCUUUUGUGCAGUCAAGGAAAGUGAACUGGUUUAUAAUUUUUAUAAGACUCUGGAAGUAGUGAGUUCAUUUCUUAUACUGAGCUGACUAACUACUACAGUGUUUUCCACCAUUGUGCAAAUAUAACUCUGUUAAUUAGUGUACUUCAUCAAUAGAAGUUGAAACAUAUCCAUAUUGCCCCAUAAUUUUGUGUUUACUCAUCUGUAAAAUGUGUAUCAUAAAAGCUUCUUUUCACAUGAAAAUGUCAAGACCAAGUGAUCAUGCACUGGAAGAUAUUUUUUAUAUUCUAUGAUGCAUUGUAAAAAUAAAUCAUUUUCUCAAGUUGUGUGUAAACUUCAUUUUCUAAUUGACACGGUGCCUACACACCUAUAAAAGACAGCAGGAAAAGACAUUCAUUUCUUAUGCCUGGAUAAAACAUGUGACUUCCAGAAGCCAUUGAAUCUGACAUCCUGUGGAUGCCAUUUCCUCCAGGACAACUUUCUUUGCACCUUCAUAUCAAAUGCUGUUUAUCACUAGUAAGUGUGAGCAGCAGUGGAACGGGGGCUCUUAAGUUACCCCAAUGGCAUAGUUGUCAAUUUGUUCACAAACCUAAACAUAGAAAGGGGAGUUCUAUUUUCAACCACGGACAAUUGUUCCACAUUUGUCCAGACAGUUAG